AUGGCCGGGAUGCGGCGGGCGCAGGCGGGGAAAACAAAAUGCUGCUCACUUCACACGGUGACCUUCCUCCUAGUAACGCUCUUCUUGGUCCUUUCUGGCACUGGUUUCCGGAUCCUGGGAAACUCGAUGCUAGGGAGCAGGCAAGCAGGGGUAGGCAAGAGGGGGGAACUGGAUGGCCUGCAGGCCGUGGAACCUUCCAGGAUGGUUUAUGGACAGCCCAAGGUGCUAACACCCUGCAGGAGCGAUGUGUUGGUCCUGACCCCGUGGCUGGCGCCCGUUGUCUGGGAAGGGACCUUCAACACUGAUGUCCUGAACGAGCAGUUCCGGCUCUGGAACGCCACCAUCGGACUCACCGUGUUUGCUAUCAGAAAAUACAUGGUCUUCCUGGAGCUGUUCCUGCAGACGGCAGAGAAGUACUUCAUGGUGGGACACAGGGUCACCUACUACGUCUUCACCGACCGGCCGGCCGAUGUGCCCCACGUGCCCCUCAGGGAGGGCCGCAGGGUGGAGGUCCUCAAGGUUCCCGGCGCCCUGAGCUGGCAGGAGGUGUCCAUGCACCGCAUGGAGAUGAUCAGCAACUUCUCACAGCAGCGCUUCCUCCGUGAGGUGGACUACCUGGUGUGCAUGGAUGUGGACAUGAAGUUCUGCGAUCACGUGGGCGUGGAGAUCCUGUCCCCCCGCUUCGGCACCCUGCACCCCGGUUUCUACGGGGCGGCCCGCGAGGCCUUCACCUACGAGCGCCGGCCGCAGUCCCAGGCCUACAUUCCGAGAGACGAGGGUGACUUUUACUAUGCAGGGGGCUUUUUCGGGGGGUCGGUGGUCGAGGUUCUCCAGCUGACCACAGCUUGUCACCAGGCGAUGGUGGUGGACCAGGCCAACGGGCUCGAGGCCGUGUGGCACGAUGAGAGCCACCUGAACAGGUACCUGCUGGACCACAAGCCCACCAAGGUGCUGUCCCCAGAGUACCUGUGGGACCGACAGAAGCUGGGCUGGCCCCCCGUCAUGAAGAAGCUGAGAUUCGUGGCUGUGCCCAAGGGUCACCUGGACAUCCGGGGCUCCUGA